GCUGUCAUCCCAUGGAGUUAUCAUUUCCCAGCAAGUUUUCCUAAGUGGAUUCUACUGUGUAACUGCGGUGAUGAAGGGAUGCCUCACCUGUGGUCUGCUGAAGUACCUAUGGUGCUGGCUGGAGGACCUAUCCUGUCGCCUCCAGGACAGCAAUCUUCUCAAGCUGAUCCUGGCCAUCUGCGUGGCCCUGUUGGUGCUGUUCAAUGUCUACACGGGCUUCAGCUUGGCCAAUAGAUGUGACGAGGGAUCGGAUGAUGGAUGCUCAGAUGCUGGCGGAGAUCAGUCCACAUGCUCCUCCAGUUACUUGAGCUGCACUGCGCGGUGUUCUCCGGAAUCCUACAACUACGCCUGGGACCGGGGGCCUCAUACCUGGAACACUCCGUGCAACAAUCAGAGUCCCAUUAACAUCGAGCUGAACUGUUUGGAAAUAAACUACUUUGAUGCGCCGCUGAUAUGGUCGCAUUACAACACCAUGCCGUUGGGCAUUCGCCUGGAGAACAACGGGCACACACUGAUCCUGCGAGCAGCGUUUCCAGGACGAACGCCCUCCAUCGACGGCGGCGAUCUACUUGGACGCUUCGACUUCCGGGAGAUCUCCUUCCGCUGGAGCUGGACCAACUCGUCGGGCUCGGAGCACACACUGGACCAUCGUCACAGCCCGCUGGAGAUGCAGUGCCUCCACACAGAUGGCGAUGGUGGCGACAGCUGCUCCUCCAGCCAGGGCGUCCUGAUGAUCGCCUACAUGUUCGAUCUGUCCGAGCACAAUCCGUUCCUCGAUGUCCUCAUCCAGCAUCUCGCGGCUGUCCAGCAGGCCGGUCAGGUGGUGGAAGUGCCCCCCUUUCCACUUAGCUACCUCAUGUCCCCCUUCUACGACAAGUUCUACAGCUACAAUGGAUCCCUAACUGAGCCGCCCUGCCAUCGGGGCGCCGAGUGGCUCAUACACCCCGAGUCCUUGGCCAUCAGCGAGCGCCAGCUGAACGAGUUCCGCCUGCUGAGGGACAGACGUGGCUCAAGGAUCGCACGCAAUGCGCGUCCAGUGCAGCCGAUCGAGGAUCGAAAGGUAUACCUUAACCGCUUCAGAACGGGGUUUUAAAUCAGAUUGAAAAAUGUGUUUA